UAAUACUACAACGAGAAGUUUCCUGAGACUGAGAGAACCGUGUGAUUCUGGUUGUAUUCUUAUUGUAGUACUUAAUGUGAUUAUUCAUAGUUUUCCGUUAAAAGACAUUUAUGCGGGUACCAUACACAUUAAGGAAGUUUGAUAUCAUUAAUUUAGUUUAAUUUUAAUUACUAGGCCUAUCAUAGAGAACAAGCAAAAUGGUGAAAGAAACAGGAUACUAUGAUUUACUUGGGGUUAGACCAGAUGCAUCAGACACAGAACUGAAGAAAGCUUAUAGAAAACUUGCAUUGAAAUACCACCCAGACAGAAAUCCAGAGGAUCCAGAAAAAUUUAAACUAAUUUCGCAAGCCUAUGAAGUUUUAUCAGAUUCUAAGAAGCGAGAAAUAUAUGACAGAGGCGGUGACCAGGCCAUAAAAGAAGGUGGUGGAGGCGAAAGUCAUUUCUCGUCACCUAUGGAUAUAUUUGACAUGUUCUUUGGUGGUGGAGGCGGAAGUGGCGGUCGACGGGAACGCAAGGGGAAAGAUGUGAUACAUCAACUUAGUGUUUCGCUUGAGGAAAUGUAUAAUGCCUCUGUCAGGAAAUUAGCUUUACAAAAAAAUGUUGUGUGUGAGAAAUGUGAAGGUAAAGGUGGUAAGAAAGGUGCUGUGGAGAAGUGCCCGACAUGUCGGGGUUCAGGUGUACAAGUUCAAGUCCAUCAAUUGGGGCCCGGCAUGGUUCAGCAGAUACAGUCGGUGUGUCGGAGCUGCCAUGGUGAAGGGGAACGUAUUAACGAAAAGGAUCGCUGCAGAACGUGCAAUGGCAAAAAAAUUGUCAGGGAGAGGAAGAUCCUGGAGGUACAUGUAGAUAAAGGUAUGAAAGACGGGCAGAAGAUAUUCUUCCGAGGAGAAGGUGACCAAGAGCCUGGUUUAGAGCCUGGGGAUAUUAUCAUUAUUUUGGAUGAAAAAGAGCAUUCAGUGUAUAAGAGACAGGCCAAUGACCUUAUACUUAAAAUGGAAAUUAACUUAGUGGAAGCACUUUGUGGAUUCCAGAAAGUAAUAAAGACACUGGACAAUAGAGAACUACUGAUUAAUUCACAUGCAGGUGACGUUGUCAAACAUGAUGAACUGAAGUGUAUUCUCAAUGAGGGAAUGCCAUUCUACAAAAACCCGUAUGAGAAGGGUCGUCUUAUCAUCAAGUUCCAAGUGAACUUCCCAAACGAUGGAUUUUUGACUCCAGAAAAAUUGAAACAGUUGGAGAAUUUGCUGCCAGGGCGUGAAGAGCCCAUCCAAGAUGAUAAUGCUGAAGAAGUAGAUUUAGUUUCCUUUGAUCCUACAACUUACCGUCAGAAAUCAAGCCACAAUCAUGUAUACAAUGAAGACGACGAGAUGGGCGGAAGACGGGUUCAAUGCCAAAGUCAUUGAUGAUAAUUAUCUUGUUUGAUACUAGGCUAAAUCUCUGUCUGCACUAUCAGUGAUCAUGUGACAAAUAUAUGUGAUUUGCCCAUAUGUGGGUUUGAUUUGACAUCGUCAUGUCCAUGUAAGAGGCCUGCCAUCCAAAUACCAGUGUACUAUUGGUGAAUUUUAAACUGAGUAAUCAGCAUAUUAGAAUGUGGAAGUAUUGUAUAGUUCGUACAGA